GGUGUGUAGAGCUUUGUGCCGGACUCGUGCUUACUCUGACCUGACUGUCUCGGAAUGCUUGCUGGGCUGUAAGCAGCUGUUGCAGUCAUGAGUUCUAGUCACAGCUUAUCUCUGCUGUCUCAGUACGCCUCUUCAGACGAAUGUGACGGUUCUGAGGACGAGAGCGCGCAGGCCAACUGCGUUACCCCGCGUGCCGAUGAGCGUCAGCCAGUACGCCGACAGCUCGAAAAGCCAAAACUAGAGCUGCCCGUCGAAGUACUAGGCCUGUUCCGCGAUCGCAAGGAUCCUUUUGCGUGGGAAGAUGACAGGAGUCAGCACGAUGGUAGAGUGCGUACGUUUGCUCACGAACCUGGAGUCUGGGCGUCCUAUGUAUUCGUCUCAGUCGCCAAAGAAAGUGAAACUCAGAGUUUGAUAUCACGUUUGUGCCACGGCUUGGAUUUUCUCAAGCCUCAGCAGCCCAGCACGUGUCACGUCAGCCUCUCUCGCACUGUCAAGUUGCGACAUCAUUGGAUACAACCGAUGGUGGAAUCCCUGAAGGCCGUAACUGUACCGUAUCGCAGAUUUGCCAUUCGCUUCGGCUCCCUCGAUGUCUACACAAAUGCAGAGAAAACGAGAACGUUUCUUAGUCUCAAAGUGCACAAAGGUGUCGAGCAUCUCGAGAGGCUUGUAGCCGAAGUAGACGGUUGCUUGAAGGAGUACGACUUACCUCUGUUCUACGAGGAUCCGUCUUUCCACAUGAGCGUAGCUUGGUGUGAUGCCAGCGAGGAAUCCCGGCUUUUGCAGUGUUUGCACGAGCUUCAAAUUAGGCUCGAACAGUUUGCAAUCGGGCAUCCGUCAGCCCUGGCCGUUGACGUCUCUUCUGUGUGGUUUCGUUCUGGGAACAAGCUGUUUGAAUUGCCCCUGCUACAAGAGUGAAUGGACAUGCAUGUUUCAGCGUAGGCCGCAAAUGAUUCCAGUGAGGCGAUGACUUUUGAUGAAUAAAACCAGUACAUUGCAAGA